CACGAGUGCAACGAAGGUCUGAACUGAACAUCAUCGCCCGAUUAAAAUAAUAACAACAUAAGUAGUAUUACAGUUAGAAAUACUGUCGAUGAGCCACAAAAAUCAAACCUAGUUUUCAUUUAGCCCAAGAAAUUCAAAAGUCAUGGUGGGCUUAGAUAGGCCCAUUUGAGAAAGCCCGAUAGAAUGAGUAAAGGUAGUGACUGAGUCAGUCGUUCAAAGUCAGGCGAGUCGAGUCGAAAGAGCGCAAGGAUGGUGACGAAGGAAUCCAUAGAAGUGAUAGCUCAGAGCAUUGGAUUCUCGACUAUUUCUCCGGACGUCUCCGCCGCUCUUGCUCCCGAUGUCGAGUAUCGUGUCCGAGAGGUCAUGCAGGAAGCUAUCAAAUGCAUGCGCCAUGCUCGCCGCACCACCUUAAUGGCUCAUGAUGUCGAUUCUGCUCUUCAUUUCAGGAAUUUGGAGCCUACCUCGGGCUCCAAAAGUGUGCGGUUGAGGAGAGCUCCUGAGAAUAGAGAUCUCUACUUCUUGGAUGACAAAGAUGUCGAGCUCAAGAAUGUUAUCGAAGCCCCUCUACCAAAUGCACCUCUUGAUGCAUCUAUUACCUCUCAUUGGUUGGCAAUUGAUGGUAUUCAACCUUCCAUUCCACUGAAUUCUCCUCCCCAAGCCAUAUCUGACCUUAAAAGAUCGGAAUAUAAGGACGAUGUGUUGGCUGCUAGUCAGGUGCUCUCUAAGGAGCUUCAGAUUUACUUUGACAAAGUCACGGAGUGGGCUUUGACUCAAUCUGGCUCCACCAUCUUUAGACAAGCACUCGCCAGCUUGGAAACUGACCCUGGACUCCACCCAUUAGUUCCCUUUUUCACUUCUUUCAUUGCUGAAGAGAUUGUGAGGAACAUGGAUAAUCACCAAAUUUUGUUGGCUUUGAUGCGUAUUGCUAGAAGCCUCCUUCAUAACCCUCAUGUACAUAUUGAACCAUAUCUGCAUCAAUUGAUGCCGUCUUUUAUCACUUGCCUCACUGCCAAACGCUUAGGAAGAAGGUUAUCUGAUAGUCACUGGGAUUUGAGAAACUUCACUGCCAGUACAGUUGCUUCGACGUGCAGAAGGUUUGGACAUGUUUAUCACAACUUGUUGCCACGUGUUACAAGAUCACUGCUUCAUACCUUUUUGGACCCAACCAAGGCACUGCCACAACAUUAUGGGGCAAUUCAAGGGAUGGUAGCCCUUGGGCUUAAUAUGGUUCGUUUUCUUGUUCUCCCAAAUCUAGGGCCGUAUCUGCUGCUUCUUUUACCUGAAUUGGUACCUGAGAGGCAGAAGGAAGAAGCGAAGAGGCACGGGGCUUGGCUCGUUUAUGGAGCGUUGAUGGUCGCAGCGGGUCGAUGCCUAUAUGAACGGAUUAAAACAUCUGAGGCUCUGCUGUCUCCUCCAACUAGCUCUGUCUGGAAGACAAAUGGAAAGGUCACCAAUGCCCGGCAAAGUAAACGCAAAGCAAGUACUGACAACUUAACUCAUCAACCACCACUGAAGAAGAUGGCAGUAGGCGGAAUUAUGCAAAUGAGCUCCACACAGAUGCAGAUGUACGGAGGCACAACAAUCCCACAACAGUCGCUAGUUGGAAGGGACAUUGCUCGGAGAACUUCAGCUACUAUGGACACUACCGUUGACAACUAUCUCCAUCCUCUUUUUGAGUAUUUUGGUGAGAGCAUGCUUAUGUUCGCCCCCAAACAUGAACUCAGUUUCUUCUUGUAACUUGUUCACAUGCUAGUGUUUUGUACCACAAAUAAAUCAUAUAUAAUAAUUGGAAAUAUUUUGGAGAGGUAGAAUCAACUUGUUGUAAUCUUA